CGGGUUGGUGCCUCUCUCGGCUCCGCUCCGCCCAAAUGUUCCGAUGGCCGAGGUGGCACAGAGGAGUGGAAGGCGCCGGGAUCCCCACCCAGUGAGUCCGGGCUCUGAAUGUGCCUCAGGAGGAGUGAGGAAAUCUGUGGUAGGUGAAGGGUCAUCAUGUACAUCGGCAGAGGAGGAAGACGGCAGGAGAUCUCUGUGUUGCGUGUUUGGUACCAGGCUGCUGGAGUGUUGAUGCUAGGUGCAGAGGCCUUCACCGCAGGGCUGGGGGAUGCCCUUUACAGUGGGGGCAGUUGGAUGUGUAGAGCCAGACUUGGGCAGCAUGAGAUCCUGGUUGCUCAUGCUGUCCGCUGUCGGGACGCCACGUGCAGAGCAUCAUGUAGGGAGGCCAGAGAGAUGCUACGGGGUGAAUUGGUGGGCUUGUAUUGUGGAGUUGUGAGUAUGCUGCGGGACAGAGUAUGUCCCUUGUGGGCGGGAGGGCAAACCAAAUGGCUCUGAGUUAGAUACUUGGCACCUAACAGAGACAGAUGUGUAUAUGCUUGGUUGUGAUCUGGGGGACACAAAGAAAUUUGGCUGGAAUGAGAGAGAGCAGGCCCUGUGUGACAGAACAUAGAUGGUCACCAGCCUGUUGUUCCUGUGGGCUGGACGCAGUGUUCAAUAGCACCAUAAGGAGAGAGAGGCACCAAUGGCACUGGGGCCCUGGUAUCCCCUCUAAGUCAUGGAUCUUGGGAGAAGGAAGAUAUGAGGGUAUGUGUGAUGCUGGUGGUGUGGUCUGGGUCUCAUAGAGAAAGGAUGUCUCCGGGAGAUGUGGCCAGACCCUGUGUCUCAGAUCAAGUACCUGGAUGUGUCCAUCUGUCCGUAUUUUACUCUGUUUUUUUCCCGUCCAUUGACCCCAUGGAUCAGCUGAAUCCAUCAAUGCAGAGCGCUGUGGCCUUUGAGGAUGUGGCUGUGUAUUUCUCCGGGGAUGAGUGGAGGCUCCUUAAUGUGACCCAGAGGCACUUGUACCGUGAUGUGAUGCUGGAAAACUUUGCACUCAUUGGUUCACUGGGACUUGCACCUUCAAGAUCACAUGUGGUUGCCCAGUUGGGCAGUGAAGAACCCUGGGUACCCAACAUGUUAGAUGUGAUUCUGGUCAGCAGAGCAGAGGCCAGGAAGGGUCCUGGUCUUGAGAAGUGGGAGCUGGGGGAAUGCCAUACAGAGGAUGAGGGAGCCCCUCUCAAGCAUGUGAAGAGCUUCAGAGUCGUCCAUCUUCAGGCUACUCACAAUGGGGAGAAGCCACACAGGAGCACCAACUGCGGAGAGGCCUUUCCACACAGCUCCAAUCUUAGGUGGCAGCAGGGAGUCUGUGCUAGACAGAAUCCCUUCAGGUGCAGUAACUGUGGAAAAGCCUUCCUGAAGGCCUUCGCUCUCCUUGAUCACCUGCUAACUCACUCUGAAGAGAGAUCACACAGGUGCCCAGCAGGCAGAAAUGCUUCCAAGGAUAAAUCAGUCCCUGUUAAUCACCAAAAAAUUCACAGUGGAGAAACAUCCCAUGUGUGUAAUGAGUGUGGGAGGGCCUUCAGUUACCCUUCUAAAUUGAGGAAGCACCAGAAAGUUCACACUGGAAUAAAACCUUUCAAAUGUAGUGAAUGUGGGAAAACUUUCAACCGCAAAGACGCACUUGUUCUGCACAAGAGAAUUCACACAGGAGAAAGGCCUUAUAAGUGCAGUGAAUGUGGGAAAGCCUUCAGUGUUCUGUCUACCCUCAUUCGGCACCGGAAAGUUCAUAUUGGAGAAAGGCCCUAUGAGUGCAGGGAAUGUGGGAAGUUCUUUAAAUACAAUAAUAGCUUCAUUCUUCACCAGAGGGUUCACACUGGAGAGAGGCCGUUUGAGUGCAACCAAUGUGGGAAGACCUAUAUAACCCGCUCUGGGCUAUAUCAGCACUGGAAAGUUCACACUGGAGAACGGCCUUAUGAAUGCAGCCUAUGUGGGAAAGCCUUCACUACCAGGUCUUACCGCAAUCGGCACCAGCAGUUUCACAGUGAAGAGAGGUCCUAUGAAUGUACAGAAUGUGGGAAAGCUUUCAAACAUAGUUCUACCCUCCUUCAGCACAAGAAAGUCCACAGUGGAGAAAGGCCUUAGGAGGACAGGGAUGUGGGAAAGUCUUUAGCCAUGGCUGUCACCUUGUUCAACAUGAAAAGUUUUACUCCAGACAGGUGAUCAAGGCGAGUGGCCUUUGUGAUAGUCUGAGAGAAGCUAAACCUCGUAUAUCUCAACACUUACCUUGGGGAGAUUCCCCAUGAGUGCCAGGUAUAUGGGAAAGCAUUUAGGAGCUUCGUUGCACUUUUUUACCUGCCCAGGGUCCUUGGCAGUUAUAUCACUGCCAGUGCCUGUGGGAAAAGCCAUCCUACCUUUACCAUCUGGAGUUCCUCACAAUACGUGCCAGUCUCCCGAACAUGCUCAGGGAAGGCAAACUUCUGUGUUUGUUCUUCUAUACCCAGGAGAGAAUCAUGAGUGGGCAAGCCCAUAAGGAGCCCUCAUUCCCUCCCCACUGACUGGUUUAGGUGGCUAAAGGGACCUGAGCUAGUAUGUGCAGGGGGCUUCCAGAGAAGGUGUCUCUUUUUCGUGGACACUCCUGACACUACAUAUGUUAUCUGUCAUGGAUUUGUCCAGCCCUGGAACAGACUGCUUUGGAAAGUGUAAUAAUAAAAGUCUUAUUGUUUAAGCUAUCUUUAAUAUUGGGGCUUCUGUUCCAUUUGUGUAGAGGGGUUGAGAAGAGAGUUUGGCUUUGCCAGCCUGAAUAGAAGGAACGGCUUUUUAGGAAGUCCUUGACUUCGUUGGCCUCAGAGGAGACAAAGAAUGACAGAGAGUGGUUCUCAAUCAAGUUUUGGCCUGAUUUGCAUUGGUGUCUGAGGCCUCCAGGGAAAAACUAAAGGGCUUUGUGGGUGAAUUUUGUGACCUGGAUAUCAGGAUUGUAAGCCCAGAGGUCACCCUGACGAAUGAUGUAGUUGGUGUGAGAUCUUCGAGUGUGGCUAGGCCCAGCAAGAUUUGGGUCCCUUGUUCCCAGCGAGUGUUCUGCAAUCUUUAGUAUUGGUCAGAGGAAGCUAUUUCCAGAAUAAACUCAGAAGAUGUGUCCUCUGGAAUCUAAAACUUGGAAGGAAGGAUUCACUGACUGUAAGGGGCAAGGUGGGAAGAGUAAGUAGGUAUGGAACCACUAAGUAUGAAGUAAUAUGGAGUAGGAGGGUCUGGUAAACUAUUAAGGUUGAGCCAUUUUAAAGGGGCAUCCACAAAUGUUCCAGCAACUACGGUUUCAUGGGGUAAGGGUGUCCAGAACAUCUCAGGAAUUGCAGACUUGUUAUCUCUGGCCAAGGUUGCUGUCAGAGCAAAUAAUCUAAAGGUUUUCUGGAUUCCUGUAGAUUCCCUGGACUGUUCCUUUCAUGGCCAUGACCUUAGGACUGACAGAAUGUAUCCUGGGAUGUGACUUUUGAGACCCAGCCAGUGUCUCUGAUUUCUCUGGUCACCAUGGUCUUAGUUGUCCUGUUUUUGCUGCCACUGUGGCAGGCUGUCCCUCCCAGAGCUCAGGGGAGAGAGGUGGUGGAAUCAAUAUAUGGUUAUCACAUCUGGCUUGUGUGAACUUUAGAUUUAAAAAAUUUUGGAAACUAUUUCUCCACAAUGGAACUAGCAUGUCAGUUCAGCAGAACCUGUAUUUUGGAUGUAGUUGUGUCCCUGUUCCAAAAAUUGUGCUUCUUCAAAAGAAGAUAAUGUUUUCUAGAAGUGACGUUUGGGGAGAGAGAAGGAGACCCUAGAUUUGAGAGGCUUUGGGCAACAGUGCCCAUCUAGUACUGGUGGUGGAGUUUGAGAGUGCUGCUGCUGUUCUGCCUGAGCUGAUUCUCCUCCCCACCAAAUCCCAAUGGCAGGAAGGAUGAUGACCAUACCAGGGGUAGAACCCCAGGCAGGGUCACAGUCAAGGAAAUUUGUGUCUGAUCCCCUCAAUUUUUCCCCAGUACCCCACCUCCCGGCUGUUCAGGCCAUCCUCCCUGGGUGUAAUAUUUGUCUGCCAUCAACAACGGGGUCUGUAUGGAGGCUGAGUUUAAGUCUAACUGAGCCAUGUGGGACUCAGACCUCCAAGAAAAUGGACGUAGGGUAAACAUUUGUCAUCAGCGCUCAAUUCCUUGUACCUUGUGUGGGUGGCCAUGGUUAGAUCUCAUAAAAUCGCCCACAGCACAAGUGUGAAGGGUUCUCUUGUUCUUUCCUUGAACUUGCUUCUGGUCCCUCUGGGGCUUAGUA